AACAACACACAAUUCCCUUAAUUCUAUCUCUUCACUCUUUCGUUCACUCUCCUUCCAAAUUAAGGCAUACACAGCCUCUCCUCAAAUCCUUUGAAUAGUAAAUCAGCUUUGAUGGCCUUGGAAGCUCUGAACUCUCCAGUGGCUGCCGGCCGACCUUCUUUCCCUUUUGACGAUGUUGCUAAUCUCCACUGCACGGAGUCAUGGACCAAGGGAAAGCGUUCCAAGCGACCCCGUCUUGAGCAUGGUAUUGACCAUGUUCCUCAGAGUGAGGAAGAGUACCUUGCUCUUUGUCUUAUCAUGCUUGCUCAUGGCAGUCCUGCUACCUCAUCCACUGUCAGUAUACCACAGCGCCACCGCUCCCCCACUUCUACUCCCGAACCGACCUCUACAACAGCACCGGAGCUGAAAUUGACAUACAAGUGCAGCGUUUGCAACAAGGCGUUUAGUUCUUACCAGGCUCUAGGCGGUCACAAGGCUAGUCACCGCAAGGGUUCCGGCAGCGACGACCAGUCAACUACCACUACUACUGCCUCCGCUGAGGCCACCACCACCGCUCGAGCGAUCUCUAACGGGGCCAGGCAACACGAGUGCUCCAUCUGUCACAAGAGGUUCCCCACUGGUCAGGCCUUGGGAGGACACAAGAGGUGCCACUAUGAUGGAGGCGCUGGAAACAGUGGCAACACUUCCUCUGAAGGCGUGGGCUCCACCACCACAAACACCAACUCCAACACCAACACAGCCAGUCACCUCAGCCUCCGGGACUUUGACCUCAACCUGCCGGCUACCCAUUUCGAUGAAGAGGUCCAGAGUCCCCAUAUGAUUAAGAAACCCCGCUUCCUGACAGUACCCAAGAUCGAAGUCGCCUAGAAUCAUAGAAUUAGGAACUCUUAGCUAUCUUUGGUAUGAGAAUUUAUAUCAGAUUUGAAUGUAUUUCUUUUUUCCUCGGUAGUUUUCUGGGUGAGAAAAUUUUUUGUAUAGAUAGCAUUAGAACUUCCCCUGUAUCAUCAGUUACUAGUAAUUCAAUUUAAUUAAUUUGAUUUUUCCCU